AUGGCGACUCGGCAACCAGCGGAGUCCGCUCCUCAGACACUGGGAGGGCAUGCAGCGAUUAAAAUGCAGACAUACUCAGCAGAUAUCGAGAACGAUCCAGGGCACGAAAACAUACACAACUGUGAUGAUCAAUACACUGUGUUUUCAACCCAAGAAAAACGACUUAUCGUUUUCCUGGUUUCUUUGGCCGGCGUUUUCUCAGCAUUCACAGCAUUCGUCUAUUUUCCAGCGCUUCCCUCGAUCGCAAGCACGAUAUCUGUGUCGAUGGAACUCAUGAACCUCACCGUGACGGCGUACCUUGUCGUUCAGGGCAUCGUACCCUCGGUCCUUGACGAAAUCUCAGAUACUCAAGGCCGCCGAAUUGUAUACCUCUCAGUGUUCACAAUCUACUGCGUGGCCAGUAUUGGUCUUGCCUACCAAAGCUCAUAUGGGCCACUGUUGGUCCUUCGCAUGAUGCAGAGCGCCGGUGCCUCAGGGACUGUUGCCCUGGCUUAUGGGGUCAUUGCAGAUAUUGCUCCACCUCACGAGCGAGGGGGUUUCGUUGGGACCGCACAUGUUGGUUGGUACGCCGCUCCAAGUCUAGGCCCUGUUCUUGGAGGUAUCCUCGCGCAAUACGCUGGAUGGCGAUGGAUAUUCCGAUUUCUUGCAAUUCUUUCAGGGAUUGUUUUAGUGAUGUUUGUCCUGGUUUUACCAGAGACGAGCCGAAAAGUCGUUGGAAACGGUGAGCGUUUUCCUAAGGGAAUCAGCCAAUCGAUUAUAAUAUUUCGCAAGCGAAGCAAGACCCCGAAUCUUUACCAAAAACCUGCUAUCCGAGGAAAAUUGGCAUUUCCGAAUCCUCUCCGGUGCCUGAAAAUGGUAUUGCACAAGAACACAUCUCUCUUGCUGCUUGCCAAUGCCAUCUUCUAUCUUCAAUACUCCUGCGUCCAGGCAUCUCUCGCUCCCCUGCUGCAGAAACUAUAUGGUUUAUCAACACUGCAGUCAGGAUUGUGCUAUCUAACUUACGGAGUUCCUGGAAGCAUUGCUUCCUACGUGGUCGGGCGAAUUGCAAAUCAUGAUUACAGGGUGACCGCAAAGUCGCAUAACCUCUUCAUUGACACGAAGAGAGGAGAUGACAUUCUGAAAUUUCCAAUUGAGAAGGCAAGGCUCCGAACGAUAUGGGUGUACAUUAUACUCGCUUCGGGGGCCACAAUCGGAUACGGAUGGGCACUAGAGACGACGACCCAUCUGGCAGUUCCCCUCAUAACUCAAGUGAUAACAGGGUUAACAGUGACAGGAAUUUUCAAUGCUACGAACACACUAAUUGUCGAUCUCUAUGCCGAUGAGGCUAUGACGGCGAGCGCUGCUGUAAGCAUUACCAGAUGUUUUGUUGCGGCUGUUGGGAUCUCGAUUCUCCAGCCUCUUUUCGAUGCAAUCGGUGUCGGUUGGACAUUUACCAUCAUUGGAUUCAUGUGCUAUCUGACAGUGCCGAUGCUAUGGGUUCUUCAUCGGUGGGGUUGGGAGUGGAGGCAGCAAAAGGCUCAAGGAUAG